AUGUUGCAAAUAAAUGCAAUUUGCGGUCGAAAUUUUCAACCAGAUUUCGUACUCUCCAUGCGGAAAGUCUUUUUCCUGCUGAUUGAUGGCCUUUCUGACAACUCAUACCUUGAUGGCUGUGAAAAUGGGCUUGACUAUAAAACACCCAUGCAAAUGGCAAAAACACCGACCUUGGAUGCAUUGGCAUCGUCUGGCGCCCUUUGCGGCAUAAUGGAUCCUGUUGCUCCUGGAAUCGCGUGUGGCUCGGACACUGCGCACUUGAGCAUUUUUGGAUACGAUCCGUAUACGUAUCGGAUCUUUUUGACUAGCAUACUAGAGUAUAUAAAGGUCGAGGGGCAUUUGAAUCCAUUGGCGCCGGUAUUGAUCUUGCCCCGGGCGAUAUUGCAUUCAAGGGAGGCGGAUCAAAUGAUCACAUCUCGCCGGGUGGAGGCAAAUUUCGACGAGCUUGGUCCUUACUUGUGUGAGUAUUUGCAGCAUAACUUAAAUUUUCACCCGGACUUUCCAAACCACAAGAUUACGUUCAAGUAUGCUAUGGAGCACCGACUGGGCAUUUCAAUCUCAGGGCCUUCUCUUUCAGACAAAAUUAGCGGGACCGAUCCUCUAAAGGAAAAUUUUCCGCUAUUAGUUUGUGUGCCGACAGCGACAGGUGACCAAGACGCCGAAUUUACUUGCAAGUUGGUCAACUGCAUUUCUGUAUCGAUAACCCGAUUGUUGAAGGAGCUCCCGUUAAAUGAAGAGAGGCGCAAAGAUGGGUUACCACCGCUAAAUGUGGUGUUGUUUCGCGGCGCAGCAAGUAUAUGUGUAAUGCCCCCGUUCCCUUUUCCGGGCUUCAUGAUAGCACCGACGUGCAUCAUUUCCGGAAUUGGGCGUUCCAUUGCCCUGGUCCCAGGUGCCACCGGCGACUACCAUUCAAACCUUCACUUAAAGGUCACUACGGCAAUGAAAACAUUGCUCGAAAAAUCUGGCAACCGCUAUCAGUUUGCGUUUGUACAUAUCAAGGCUGUGGAUCACGCUGGCCAUGACGGUGAUCUUCAAAAGAAGAUUUUUUUCAUCGAGCAAACUGACAAAGCACUUGCUGCUGCUCUGACGCUCGUUGCCGAUGGCGCGCAAACAGAAGAGAUUCUUGUUUGCGUUACCGGAGACCAUUCUACUCCCACCUCACUUUGUGACCAUUCUAACGAGCCGGUCCCCAUUUUACUGGCCCUAUUGAAAGGCCCAUCAAUGGUUUCCUUAGUUAGCGAUGCACGCUUCGUGGUCCCUUCGUUUGACGAGAUAUCAUGUCCAGGGGGCGCUUUGGGGAGAUUUUCGGGGCGCAAAUUGCUGCCAUUGAUUGAACAACUUGCCAAAAUUUAG